AUGAGCCGAGAACCACUUGCCAUCGGAUGGACACAGUCUCGCAAAGACGAUCCUAACAGGCUGAGCUUUCUGGACCUUCCAAAGGAGCUGAGGAAUAUGAUCUAUGACUUUGCUUUCCAGGUUCCUGGCGCAAUCUUUAUUUACUGCACUGAUCCGUACGCAUGGCGAUCUGUACUGAGAGGGAAGAUCGUGAAGUACAAGAACCAGGGGCCAUCGGAACCGCAACGAGUAGACGGCGUGCUACCCACGAACUUGCUCUUGACAGGUAAACAAAUAUACGCAGAAGGUGCCGAGGUCCUGUACGGAAAGAACGUGUUCCGCUUGUACAUGAGCAGCGCCAAUUUUGCUCCAACUUCGUUUCACCUGGUGCGGCACGUUGCUUUCACGAUUGAAGCUGGUAGAGGAAUCUACAAACCAAAUUUGGAGGUCAUGUCAUACUGGUGGAGGAGAGUGUUCUGGCCCAACGUUAUAGAUAAGAGCACGGAGCUGUUGGAUCGCUAUCCCAAUCUGGAGACACUUACAUUUCCGAUCAACUCUGAGCAAGCAGGGGUAACUUGGCGACCGGCAUUCUUGGCCUCACAGAAGACGAAGGAGCAUCGAAUCGCGCUUGCAGCAAGGUGGUUGGCCAUAAAUUGUCCUAUGAAAGAUACGAGGCUUCACAAUGUGCUGCGUUUGGAGAUUAUGCCAUCGAGUGGCCUUACGAAGGAAGAUUUUGAGGGUUCACGAUUCCAAUUCAUCGAAGAGGAAGAUGAGUACGAUGGGUCUGAGCUUGCCGAAGCUUUCCAACAAAUGAAAAGCUACUUGAUAGGGCAGGAGUAG